GCUUCCCCCUCCUCCCUUUCUUUCCCGCUGCGGUUUGAAAGCUCCAGCAACCAUCAUGUCUCUCGGGGAGGCGAAACUGCAGGUCCCUCCGGGCCUCGAGCUGUACCUGAAAGAGAACCGUCUCGCCACGUUUACCCAGUGGCCCUUCGACUCCGACUGUUCCUGCACUGCGGUCAGGAUGGCUGAAGCUGGAUUCAUUCACUGUCCUACUGAGAAUGCUUCCGAUGUGGCACAAUGUUUUAUAUGCUGUAAAGAAUUAGAGGGAUGGGAACCUGAUGAUGACCCCAUGGAAGAGCACCGUAAACACUCCCCCAAAUGUGCAUUUCUUGCUCUACAGAAAGACAUUUGUGACCUGACAGUACAGGAAUUUAUGAAACUUCGUAAAGAGAGGAUGAGCAACUUGAUUGAAAAAGAAGUUAAUCAGGCAAUUAUCGAGUUGGAGAACUAUGCUAAUCUGAUCCGUGGAGAAAUAGACCACCUGCGUUCAUAAACAGUGUAUGCCAUUGGAUGAUGUGGGCUUUUUAACUGUCUAAAUGGUAUUGAGCAAAGUUGAAUUACUCAAAGUCUGCUGUUCAAGUUUAAGGGUUUUUUUUUAGUUAUUUCUUAUGGAAUUCCUUCUGAUGUGUUUAUGAAUAAAUAUUCCUUUUUAUAAAAUA